GUUACCAACCAUCACCAACGAUGUCGCUCGCAAGAACAUUCAGACUCAUCAGGGAGGGUGGCGUGAGUAUUGCGUGUGGCUAUAGAGGCCGUGAGAGCUAUACGACCCGCUACUGGUCCGCGCAUACGGUCCCGCCGGCGAUGUCUUUCAGCAGCCACCCGCUCCCAAUCCUUGUCCCACCCACGACCUUCAAUACUAACACCCGCCUCAUCCCUCCUCUCCCGCAGCUUGGUCGCUACUGGCGCAACAUGCAGUCUCUUGGAGACGCAAAGGCGGGCACAUACAUGGGCACGGACCGAGCGGGCAACAAGUACUACGAGGACCUCAACGAGAUCCCCGGUCGUCAUCGAUGGGUCGAGUACGCGCAGAACAAUGAGGUCAACGCAUCCCAGAUCGACCCAGCGUGGCACGGCUGGCUUCAUCACACCCACAAGAUGCCCCCGGAGCAGAACCCGAAUAUGGGCAGGCCGACUUGGGAGUCGGUGAGUCGCGCGCCAUUAGAGGCAGUGAUGCCGAGCUAGCCUGUUGUCGGGGUGGUAAGCAGUCGCUGACCCCCCACCGCCCUCCUUUGCGCAUCGCAGCCUAUCCAAGAGAACAAGACGGGUACUCGCGCCAUGUUCAAGACGUACAGCACCACCAGGCCGAAGAUCGUGAGUAGCCGAACUCCCUCCUGCGUGACAGCGGCGAGACCAAUCACUCCUAACCUCGAGCAUCGCCCUUCGCCACGACAGAACCAAUGGGAGCCGUCUGUCACGCCGCGUGGCCAGUAGAGGAUGAGGGAAGGGUGAUCCGCCUCUUUGUAUGCACAUAGGUCCAGUACCAAAUGGAUCAGACUUGAU